AUGCUUAAAGGAAUAUCCAGAGGCAUUGCGACCGACCACUGCCAAUUCUUGCCAUCGACCGUGACACAUAACCCGCACCUCCUCCUCAAGCCCAAGACGCUGACCCUCUCCCUCUCUUCCUCCCUCACCUCCAUGGCCUCCUCCUCCCCGCCCGGCCCCGCCACCGACGCCUGGGAGGUACUCACCCCUACAGUCCUACUAGUUGCGCACGUGGACGGCGGGCUCGACGACUGCACCAUCUUCCCGCCGCAGCUCCACGAAGGGUUGGUCCUGGACGGGGAUCCUUUGGAGGUCGCCGCCGCUGCGGCGGGGAAGGAGAUGGAGGAGGAGGAUGGAAGGGAAGAGGAAGAUGAGGAGGAUGGAGAGUGGCGGUGGCGGUGGGAGAGGUGCCGCUUGGCGGCGAGGCGCGCUUGGGCGUCAGGGAUCGGGGCCGUGCAGGAGGGUGUGCUCGUGCACGGCGCGUGCGGGUGCCCGGCGGUGAGGCCCGCCGUUUUGUCGGCCGCGGCGGCGGCCGUCGUGGUUGGGGCGCUGCUGUACGCGCGGCGGCGGGAUAGGAGGGAGCGGGACCUGCUUGUGCUGCUCUCGAAGGAGAAGGAUAAGAGGAUAGCACAACUUUUGCAUCAAAUUGCUUUGAUGACUGACAUCAGAAGCGGCAGUGAAGCAGUUAAAACUAUCAGGAACUCCUGAUUUUGUUUUCACUAUUAGGAAGGUUCAGAUGCUAUGUUGUAGCAAAUGUAUUAAGUUGUUAGACAAUGACACCGGUUAGCGUGCAGUAUCAAUAAUUGUAGCAAAAGUAAAGUUUACUGAUAAUUAGACACUGCAACCUGCAAGGCUGCAACUGAACAUGAAGCAAUCAACAACUCGUCAUAUCCCUGUGAUCAUAAAAAAUUGUGUAUAGCUGUGUGAUGACUGAUAAGUUGGUAAGUCGUAGAUAUGUGGCAUUAUAGUUCAUAUGGACAAACCUGGAGUCGGUUUUGUAAAUGUAAUUCCCUUUCUUUUUCCUUUGUGAAUUUGUGAUCCUGAUGGUCUACUGAUAUUUGAGGACACUGUACAUGUAGAUUCCAUUUUUGUCAUUGUGAUAUUGAUGGUCCACUGAAUUUUGAUA